UAGUAGAAUAAAACUGCAAAACUGAGGGCGGUACUACUAGGGUUAAUUAUGCAGUAGAUAUAAACGUCACUACUUUUUUGUAGCUAACAGUCAAUCGUUAGUAAAUGAAUCUUCUAGAGAUCACUUUCAACAAAUUGUGCCGUUCGUCUCAGCAGCACCUAAGCUCGUUCGACUCAGUACACAGUGGCAAGAACAACUAAAGACUGAGAAAGAAAGAGUUAGACGAAGUUUGAUUACGGGCAACUAUGACAAAACGGAUGAUACAUUAGAUUAUGAUAGUAUACAGGAUGCACUUGUAACUAUGGUCAAUUCAAAUAAUCAUAACAUAGAUAUAUUUGAUAAUUACACUCAAAUUCGUCCAGUUGCGUCAGUGACUACCACAAGCUAUUCCACUCAACAAAGUAUUAUUGAAGAAUAUACAUUGAAUAGAGAACAACGAGCUGCAUUUAUGAUAAUAACCAACCAUCUUGAUGGUGACAAACAACGUCAUGAAGGUACCAACAAUGGUCAGCGGAUAAUGUGCAUACCUGGAUGUGGCGGCACCGGUAAAUCACAACUGAUUCGUGCUGUCACCAAAUACUUCCUUGUUACAAAAAGAAUACAAAUGAUGAGAAAACUCGCACCCACCGGAAUCGCUGCAGCUGAAAUUGGCGGCAUGACAAUUCAUUCAUUUUUAGGUGAACAACGUAAUUCUGGAAAGCUGCGCACCAUCAAGCCAGGUGACAUAAAACUUGAAAACCAAUGGAGACUGGUUGAGUAUCUCCUAAUUGAUGAGAUGAGUAUGGUUGGUUUAACUCUACUUGCAAAACUUUAUCAAAUUAUGUCCGCUGCCAAACAUGCCGACCCUGAAAUUCCAUUUGGUGGCAUAAACGUCAUAUUUUUUGGUGAUUAUUUACAGUAUCGACCAGUAUAUGAUGCACCGUUAUAUACUGACUUUUCUCAACCCUCUAAAAACAAAUCAGGUCAAUUACGUAGUGAAAAAGAAAUUCAACAACGCGCUGCACGUUCCCUGAUACUUCAAAUUAACUGUGUGAUC